UCUGUAUUUGCCGAUUUCCAACUCUCUCUACACUCUCCACUCCACUCCAUGAACUCAACGGAUCUCCCUCUGAUGGCGGCGGCGGCGGCUGACUGUCACAGCGGCGGCGGCGCACCCCUGGUGAUGGUGGUGGAGUACUUGGAGACCACCAUGUCGAGAGAUCUACUCUGCAAGUUUCCGGACAACUCCGCCUUCGAUUUCGACUAUUCUCAGAGCACAAUCUGGUCCCCAAUGGUGGCCCGCCCCCUGAUCCCCGUCGCCGGCCCCGGCGAUCUCGGCUCCGGCCUCCGGAGAAAGCUGACGUACGCGGAAACCAGGACCAAUUUCAAGGAAGUGACGGCCAAAUUCAAGAGCAAGCUUCGAGAUGCGGUGUCCUGCAGUGUCCGUUAUCAACAGUUGAAGAAGAGGAAGAUGAGGGAUUUUGAUUUCUCUCCGAUCCCUUCUUCUUCUAAGCUCACAAAUACUCCACGAAAGGGAUGGGCAAAGGUAUUGAAAGCAGCUUCAAAGAAUUUCAAGAAGAGCAAGAAGAAACCUCAAAUAAUGUGACUUCGUCCUCGAUCUGUUUAAAUUAUUAUUUGUACUAUUGCCCACGACACUUUGUUUAUUUCAAUCAAUCCCAUGACACUUUGUUUAUUAAUGCAAUUUUUUUUUUUU